UUUUUUUAUAAUUAUAUAUACACACGUUUACAAUAAUCGCUUUCGCUUUCCCCUUUUUUUUCCCUAGAAAAAUAAUUCUGAUUUUGAUCUGUGCUUGACUUGGUUGAUUCUCAGAUUUGGCAGUUCUAAGUCAGUAGCUUGGCAGAGAGAAAAAAGAAUGUUGAAUUCUGGGAAUAAUUUAAGCCGAGGGAAUGCGGGGUUGUCAUCAGAUAUGCCACCAUUACCUCAGUGUUUGCCUUUGGAACCGAUUUCAUUAGGCAGUCAGAAAUAUACACGGUCUGGAGAGUUAAGCCGGGUGUUGGGCGUUCCUCUUCGAAACAGUACAUCAGAGGAUCAUUCUUUUGGAGUUUCACACCCUAAGCCUUCCCCUCCAGUGGCAACAGAGGAGCUUAAGAACUUUAAGGAAAGUGUUCAAGAUACCUCCAGAAAGGCCAGGGAUAGAGUAAAAAAGUUGCGAGAGUCAAUUUCUAAACUUGAAAGGUAUAGAGAAGCUUUAAGCUCAAAGAAGCGACAACGAAGUGAUAUUUCAAGUGAGAGAACAAGUGGAGUAAGUAUCACGAAGAUGGGAAGCCAGAUUCAUAGAAAUGGUCAUGACUUAUUGACUCAAAGAUUGGAGGAUAGGCCGAAGAGUAUGGGGCUGAACAAACGUGUUCGCACAUCAGUAGCUGAUUUACGGGCUGAUAAUAGAACUGCUGUGAAUCCAAGGCAGCAGGGGACAAUAGAAAAGGAUGGUGAUGUGCCUCCAGCCAUUAAUGGUGGUUCUGCUCGAAUUGAAGAAAAGAUCCGUAGAUUGCCAGGUGAAGGGUGGGAGACAAAGAUGAAAAGGAAACGAUCUGGUGCAGCAGUAGGAAAUAGAGUCGCUGGUGGUGAUCGAGAUAUAAAACGAGUUAUUCAACCAAAGAUGAGCUCUGAAUCAAAGUUGAGAUCAUGUGAUAUACAGGGUUUUAGAUCAAAAUCUUCCCCAGGAGUUGGUGGAAUUAGGAAGUCAGAUGGUUCUUUUGAAGUAGCUGGUUCAGAUGCCAGUACAGUGCUCAGGAAUGAACUGGAGAGUACCUCUAUUCCUCGAGAUCGUGCAGCUAUGCUGGAGCAGAGGGUUGUAGUAAAAGCAAAUACCAAGGCAACUCUCCAGGAUGACAAUCAAGCAAGUGGCCCAAGUACAAUGCUAAAAGGAAAGGGUUCUAGGGCACCACGUACUGGUUCCAUUAUGGUGUUGGACUCAUCUUCUAAAGGUCACCUCUUAUCUGGAGCUUUGCAGGGCUGGGAACAGUCAAAUCUAAAUAAGACCCAACCAUUAGGUGUUGGUAGCAAUCAAAAACGUUUGAUGUCUACAGGUUCUUCACAUGCUAUGUCUCAGUGGGGUGGUCAGAGACCACAUAAAAACUCACGUACAAGGAGAGCAAAUUUACUGACUCCCACUUCUAAUGCUGAAGCUCAGAUUUCAAAUCAAGGCUUCGCAACACCUGAUUUUGGUGCUAGGGCAUCUAUCGGAACUGGAGGGUCAGUGCUAGGCAGCAAUGUAGAUAAUGUUACACCCAGAAUUAAGAGGGAACCUGAGAAUGUUUCUUCUCCAUUUGGGUUUUCUGAGAGUGAAGAAUCAGGGGCUGGAGAUAACAAAUCAAAGGAGAAAGGAAUUGAUUGUAGUGAGGUUACUCUGCCUGCAUCUCAAAAAGCUGGGUCUUUCUUACUGCCCACGAGGAAGAACAAAAUGUCUACUAUUGAAAUUGGAGAUGGAGUCCGAAGACAAGGAAGGACUGGAAGCAGUACACCAUCCUUGACUAAACCAGGUGUUCCUCCUAUGAGGGAGAAGUUGGAGAAUAUUACAACCAAGCCAAUACAAAGUGCAAGAUCUGCUUCUGAUAAAAAUAGAAGUAAGACAGGUCGUCCGCCUUCCAAGAAGCUGAAAGAUCGGAAGGCCACAGCUCGUGUUGGGUUGGUACAAAAUAAUGUCUCUUCAGAUUUCACAGGUGAAUCUGAUGAUGAUCGGGAUGAAUUAUUUGCCGCUGCCACUUCUGCUCGUAAUGCUAACAGUCUUGCUUGUACUGGUCCUUUUUGGAAGAAAAUGGGAUCAAUGUUUAAUUCUGUCAGCUCAGAGGAUACAUCAUUCCUUAGACAACAGCUAAAUUUGGCAGAAGGGCUUGAUGAGAGUUUGUCUCAGAUGUUUGGAGAUGGAUAUACUGUUUUGGGUGGUGUGGUGCCAAAAGAUGCGCCUACUUCUGUUGAAGAAACGGCUAAAACUCACACUUCAAUUGGAGGAUUUGAUCUAAAGCAGUUUGACAAGGUUACUCCUUUAUGCCAAAGGGUUCUUUCUGCUUUGAUAGAAGAAGAUGAAAGUGAGGAAAUUUACAACCACAUUGAAGCUAAGAAUAUGUCCCUUCACUAUGCGAGUGAUGAUUCCCAUUGUGGUUCAUGCAACCAGAUGGACGUUGAAUCUAAAGAUCGGGACAGGAUGGAAUCUGAAGUUGAGUCAAAUGCAGAUUUUCAGUGUCAGAAGAACUCUCUGUUAGACAGGCUCUCUUAUGAUGCGAGUGUUGCAUCUAACACAUUUAGGAACUCCAGCAUGUCUAAUUCGUUACAUAGUAGUGAAAGGUGGUUAGGAGAGGAUGAAUGUUUACAUUCGGAUAUGGGGCCGGUGAGUGAAAUAUGUUCAACUGACCUGGGUCAGGUCCUACCCAAGGAAAUAAAUGUUUCUGCCGUUUCUUCUUUGGAUGGCCAAUAUCAAUUUAUGUCUAUGGAGGACAAGCUUGUGCUGGAGCUACAUAGUAUUGGUAUUUAUCCAGAGACUUUGCCUGAUUUGACAGAGGGAGAGGAAGCAAUAAAUCAAAAUGUUGUUGAACUUAAUGAAAAUCUUUAUCAACAGAUUCAGAAAAAGAAGAAAAAGUUGGGGAAGAUUGAUAAAGCCAUUCAGAAUGGGAGAGAAGUAGACAGAAGGAACAUCGAGUAUGCUGCAAUGGACCAACUAGUACAAAUGGCUAACAAGAAACGUUUGGCUUGUCGUGGGAGUAAUUCAUCAAAAAGUGCAGUUCGCAAGGUUUCGAAACAAGUUGCAUUAUCUUUUAUUAAGCGAACGCUUGAUAGAUGUCGGAAAUUCGAACAGACGGGCAACAGUUGCUUUAGCGAACCUGCAUUACAAGAUAUCAUGUUUUCUGUACAUCCAUGCAGCAAUGAAGCAAAAUCUGUUGAAGGUAUUGGCUCUGGAACUGCUAGUAAUACUUGCAACGAAACAUCGAACCAUCAAGCCGAAGCCAGGGGCUCAGGUGCUGUUUGUGGUACUUUUGAGAGGUACGAUUCUCCAGAUGCCCUUCUGGCUGUUCACUCGACAGAGCAUGCUGUUUCCAAGUACGGAUCUACAUUGAACAAAGGUAGGAAGAGGGAAGUAUUGAUUGAGGAUGUAGUUGGGAGUGCUUCUUCUAGGGUAACACCGGCUCUUGAUGGCACCGCCGGAGGACUAAGGGGAAAUAGAAGCGAAAGAGAUUCAAGAAAUACAAGUUCGGUAUCCGGGGCUGGUCGGACAUCAUUAGACGGUGCCAAGGGUGACCGGAGAACAAAAGCAAAGCCCAAACAGAAGUCAGGGCAUGGAUUCAACGGCAGGCUCUCGGAUCCUUUGCUACCACCUUUGGCUAAUUCUAACAAGAUGACUGAAAGAGAAGCUAGGUCAUUAUCUCCAACCCCGAGUAAUGUUCGUCCGAAAGAAUCGGACGAACCAGAUGAUUUCGCAAACUUGCAACUAAAUGAUUUAGAUCCUAUGGAAGAAUUGGGUGUUUCAAAUGACAUUGGUGGUUCCCAAGAUUUGAGUUCAUGGCUAAACUUUGAUGAAGAUGGCUUGCAAGACCAUGAUUCAAUAGGUUUAGAAAUACCAAUGGAUGACCUCUCAGAGUUGAAAUUUGCAUUUUGAUGGCCCAUUUGAUGCAAUCUGAUCAAGUAAGGACUAAUUAUGAUUCAUUUUAUAUAUAAUAGAUGUCAUAUGUAUGUAAUUGAAGAAUUUUGCUGCUUUAAUCCAAUUAAAUUUACUUA